AUGGCUUUCGCUCUUCGAAACAUGCUCUCUUUUUUCACUUUUGCGGCCACAUUUUCUCUGUUAUUCAACUCCUGUUACUGCUUCUACCCUAAGCUCCUUAAUGCCUCCUUGGCAGCAUCUGAGUCCGAUUGGUCCCCAGCCGGAGCAACGUGGUAUGGCAGCCCCACGGGGGCUGGAAGUGAUGGUGGAGCUUGUGGUUAUGGGGGUGCUGUGGAGCAAGCCCCAUUUUCGGCGAUGGUGUCGGCUGGGGGCCCUUCCCUAUUCAAAUCUGGCAAAGGAUGUGGAGCCUGUUACGAGGUCCAGUGCACGACAAAUUCAGCGUGCUCGGAAAAUCCUGUGACUGUAGUUAUCACCGAUGAAUGCCCUGGCUGUGUCUCGGAGUCCGUUCAUUUUGACUUAAGUGGUACUGCUUUUGGUGCCAUGGCAAAGUCUGGCCAGGCUGAUCAACUCCGUAACGCUGGAGUCUUGCAGAUUCAAUAUAGAAGAGUGCAAUGUAACUAUCCCGGGACGUCCAUUGCCUUCAAAGUUGAUGCCGGCUCCAACCCUUACUAUUUCGCCACCCUAGUUAUAUACCAAAAUGGAGAUGGUGACCUUGCCUUAGUUGAACUCAAACAGGCGCUUAACUCUGACCCCUGGCUUCCCAUGCAACAAUCCUGGGGUGCAGUCUGGAAACUCGACAGCGGCUCGACGUUGCGGCCUCCGUUCUCCAUCAGGCUGACAUCACUCACCUCUGGCCAGACUCUUGUGGCAACCGGUGUCAUUCCUGCUGGUUGGCAGCCCGGACAAACCUAUACAUCAGUCGUUAAUUUUUAA